AAGGGGGCCCAAAAUUGGCCAAGGAUGAUUACUGUGUUUAUUGUCUUCUCGAAGUGGCACGCAACAUGGUCAGUGCUGAUAGCUAUAGGGAUAGAAGAACAUCGAUGAAAGAACUAGCAGAGGCAUCACUUGCAGGGAAGUGUCUAGAUGGACCGUUGUACUGUGUCUCAAGAACUUGGUUGCAACAAUGGAUACGAAGAAAAAGCAUGGAGUCUCCAUGCGAAGCUGAUACAGGACCAACAGCUUUAAUUAUGUGUCCUCAUGGGGAACUUAUGCCUGAGCAAGCUACUGGUGCUAAGCGGGUGCUUGUUCCUGAAAAUCUAUGGCUUUUUUUCUAUGACACUGCCAGUAAAGUAAAGCCUGAUGAUCCCUUGGGUCGUUCAACUUUUCCUUCAGACUCUGCACCAUGUGCCCAAUGCUGUGUGGAACUCUCAGAAUUGGCGUGUGAGAAGGACUCUCAGAGGGAGUUCAAGGUGAAUCAAUGCCAGAGCCAUGAGAGAUUAGCUUUAGGGAAAAGUAUUGCACUUUCUCCCCUUCAAUGAUAUUACUUGUUGCCCUCUUCAUGGCUCUCUAAAUGGAAAAGCUACAUCACUGCAAGUGGCAAAAGUGCUGCUUCUACUGCAGAACCUGAAACUUUGAGAAAUGUCAUUGAUUUACUGAAAUGUGAGAAGGUAAGAUGCAACCUGGUCAGGUGUGGUUCUAUCUUAUCAUAGUGCCACUAAUCAUCAUAUAAUCAAGCCAGUGACACCAAGACGAGACUUUUUUCAUAUUUUGUACAUACUUGUUUUUCUUUUAAGGGUAAUGUUACUUAUCCUAAGUCGAGUGUUUCCUGUACAAAGUUCACUGAGGCCACUUCCAACCAUUAGUCUGAACAUAUGCCAGCAAUAUGGGAACACCCAAGGAACUCCAAACAAGGUAAAGAAGGAAUGAUGCCUCUUACAUCACCAAUUGAAGGCAUUUUGCUGUUAAUCAGAUGAUAUGAAGGUUAACGUGUGAGAAUUCACUCCCAAUAAGCAGAGGAUAGUGUAUGACAG